CAGCAAGACGCAUGGAUGGGGCUGAAAACGUUGCCUUUUUUGUUGUUCACUCUGUUGGUCAUGAUGAGGGGGCUGCUCGCACUCACCGCGCUGUUUGUGGCCGUUCUCGGCAAGGAUACGUUUGAGGGGCAUCAGGUGCUUCGUAUUGCUGCAAAGGAUGAAGCCCAGCUGGCUCUUAUCAAGGACCUGGAGGAAAUGAUCGAGUUUAACCUGGAUAUGUGGAGGGGGGUGACCGAUGUCGCCAGUCCUGUGGAUAUCAGAGUUCCCUUUGAGAGCCUGCAGUCUGUCAAAGUCUACCUGGAGUCUCAGGAAAUUGAUUACUCCGUUAUGAUCAAAGACCUUCAGGCCAUGCUGGAUGAGGAGAAGGAGGAGAUGGAGUCUGCUGCUCGUGUCGCUCAACCCAGAAACACUGACAGAUUCGAUUACUCCAGGUACCACACCAUCGACGAGAUCUACAAUUUCCAGGAGAUGCUUGUGGCUGAGAAUCCCAACUUUGUCAGCAAGAUUGUGAUCGGUCAGAGCUACGAGGGUCGUCCCCUGAAUGUGCUCAAGUUCAGCACUGGAGGAUCUAACCGCCCCGCCAUCUGGAUGGAUACUGGAAUCCAUUCCAGGGAGUGGGUCACCCAGGCCAGCGGCACCUGGUUCGCCAAGAAGAUUGUGACUGCUUACGGGACUGACCCCACUCUCACCGCCAUCCUCAACAAGAUGGACAUCUUCCUGGAGAUCGUGACCAACCCUGAUGGUUUCUACUACAGCCACAACAGCAACCGUAUGUGGCGUAAGACCAGAAAGCCCAACCGCGGCUCCAACUGUGUUGGAGUUGAUCCCAACAGGAACUGGGAUGCUGCUUUUGGAGGACCUGGUGCCAGUGGCAACCCCUGCUCAGAGACCUACCAUGGACCCAGUGCUCAUUCCGAGUCUGAGGUCAGGUCUAUUGUGGACUUUGUGAAGGCCCACGGAAACAUCAAGGCCUUCGUCUCCAUCCAUGCCUACUCCCAGAUGCUCCUGUACCCCUACGGCUACACCAGGACUCCAGCCAAGCACCAGGCCGAGCUGCACAACCUGGCUAAGAAGGCUAUCACUGACCUGGCCUCUCUGUACGGUACUAGAUACAGAUAUGGCAGCAUCAUCAACACCAUCUACCAGGCUAGUGGAAGCACUGUGGACUGGACCUACAACCAGGGCAUCAAGUACUCCUACACCUUCGAGCUCAGGGACACCGGCCGCUAUGGCUUCAUCCUGCCAGCCAAUCAGAUCAUCCCCACAGCCACCGAGACCUGGCUGGCUCUGAUGGCCAUCAUGGAUCACACCUACAAGAACCCAUACUAAUCUGUGUAUGAGUGAGUGGAAAUCCCUGAAGAAGGGAUAAUGUUUGGAAAAGACACCUGCAAAAUAUUUUCCAUAUAACUAAUAUCACCUUCAUCACAUCAUCAUCAUGAUUCAUCUGAGAAAUUGAACACCAUAAACAAACAAAUAAAGGAUCAAACUGUAAAAA